AUGUCAAACGAUAUACCGGUCGCCGCCUCUAAUGGCAUCCCCGAGGCUGCUCAGCAAGAGACUAAGCAAGAGAUCAAGGAGGAGAUGCCAUUCUCAUGGCUUCAGCCACACGCAACGUUCGUCAUCAUCCUUGUCGGAGCCGACCAGAAGCCUUUUGGCAUCCAGAAGAACUUCUUGUGUGCCAGAUCAACUCACUACCAUAAUCACUUCAAAGGAAAGGAUGUGGCAUCCGAUAUCAUUGAGAAUGUUGUGAAGCUCCCCCAGUACACACCGGAAGUCUUCGGCCUCACACAGCUCUUUCUCUUCACUGGGCAAGUUUCAGAGGAUGCUGAGACUUUUCCUUCUUAUGAGGCGCUUGUUGGCGUGUGGAAACUGGGUCACGAACUGGGCAUAGAUGGCCUCUGUGACAAGAGUCUUGACGCGAUGAAGGAGUGCAGACGUCUCACCCAGAACAUUCCCGCCACUCCCCUCCUCGUCCAGGUUUGGAAGGACACCCCUGAGGGCUCAACCAUUCGAAAGCUCCUCCUUUCUUGGGCAGCCGAGUACAUGCGUUCAUCCGACAUGAGGGCCGAGUUCGCCAAGUCGCUCCCUCAAGAGGUUCUGAGCGAACUGGUCGUGGCUAUGAGCUCACUCGAAAACCUGCCCACCCCGCCUUCAGCACCGGCCGACACUGCCUCCGCCGAGCCGACUCCUAGAAAGAGUGUCCAUUAUCUAGAAGAGGACAGCGAUGGCGAACAAGGACACAUGUCCAAGAAGAACCGGCGCGCCUCUGCGCCUCUGCCAGCCUCCCAGAACAGGGACAAGUCAUUUUCCCGGGCCCCACCUCCGCCUGUCCGGAAGGCGGCGGCUGUGGCGGCUGCAGCAGCGGCACCCCGUCCAAAGCCCGUUAUCCAGAAGCGACGCAGCAUUGUUUCGGUGCCAAGCGGUGAGAUUACGACGGAGAAGAAGGUCGAAUUCUGUUCCGAUCUUCUUGACAGGAUGCUUUCGGGACCUGGCUUUUGGACGAGACUGGUUGGUCCAUUCAAGGAACCCGUGGAUCCUGUCGAGGAUGGCGUACCCGAUUACUUUGAAAAGGUUAAGAAGCCUAUGGACUUGAACACAGUCAAGCUCAAGAUGUCGCAACACGAGUACCAAACGGAAGACGAGUUUGCGGCCGACGUGCGCCAGAUCUUUGACAACUGCUACACGUACUGGUCUAAGGGCGAUCCCAUAUGGGCGGCUUGUGAGAAGUUCCAGAAAACAUUUGAGGAGAAGUAUGCCCAAAUGCACAAGAACAUCUCCAAAAUGUUGCGCGAGCCCAUCGACUAG